UCUGCUAUCAUGAAGGAGAUGAAUUCAUCAACAGUAACUGAAUUUAUCCUUCUGGGCAUUCCCUUUCUACAUGAUUUCCAUCGAGUCUUCUUUGUUGCGGGCUUGUUCAUGUACAUCACAACCAUCAUGGGGAAUGGAUUUAUCCUUGUCAUUGUAGCCAUCGAGCCAAGACUUCAGACUCCCAUGUACCUCUUCCUGAGCAACUUGGCUUUCCUAGAGAUCUGCUACACCACAACUGUGGUCCCCAAGCUGCUGCAGACACUUAUAGAAAGACAGACCACCAUUUGCUUUGUAUGCUGCAUGGUGCAAGGCUUCUUCCAUUUCAUCUUGGGCACUACUGAGAUAUUCAUCCUCACAGCGAUGGCCUUUGACCGUUAUUUGGCCAUAUGCAAGCCACUUCAGUACCCAAUGAUCAUGACCAGACAUGUUUGCAUUCAGAUGACUUUGGCCACCUGGUACUCAUCAUUCAGCAUUAUGUUUUUCCAGUCCCUUUUUGUGUGGAGGUUGCCUUUUUGUGGUUCCAAUGUUGUCGAUCAUUUCUACUGUGACAUUGGGCCUGUUUUAAGCUUAGCCUGUGCCGAUAUUCAGCUCAUUGAGUCUUUGGGAUUGCUGAGCUCUGUGAUGCUUGUUAUUACAACCUUGACCUUAACGGUGGUGUCCUACAUCUUCAUCAUCACAACCAUCUUACGCAUUCCCUCAGCUGCAGGGCGCAAGAAGGCGUUCUCCACUUGUACGUCACACCUCACGGUGGUCUCCAUAUUGUACGGAGCUAUCAUCUUCAUGUAUGUGAGGCCGAAUGUGCAUGCUUUGUCCCACACAAGCAGGGUAGUAGCCAUUUUGAAUACCGUACUGACCCCAAUGCUGAACCCUUUCAUAUACACCAUAAGGAAUUUGGAGGUGAAAGAGGCUGUCAGAAGUAUGAUCUAUAAGAAGCGGUUGUUGAAACGUGGAUUUUAA